AUGUCCAGCGAGACACAACCACAUUCCUAUUACGAGGUCCUUCACCUGUCUCGCCAUGACUUCGGAGACCUGUCCAAAGACGACAUCAGAGCCGCAUACCGCCAGGCUCUACUCACACACCAUCCAGACAGGGUUCCUGGUGCCGACAGAAAAGCCGUCUUGAAGGCCAAAUCAGAUAGAGCGCCGGCAUCCCGGUAUACUAUUGAUGAGAUUUUGCUCGCAUACGAGAUUCUUUCUGAUCCGACCAAACGUGCUGAAUAUGAUCGAUUGCUCCAGAACGAUGGUAAGGUCGGCUGGAAACAGGUGAAUGGCCAGAAAGGAACGCAUAUCGGUGUAGAAGCGUUCGAUCUCGAAGAUCUAGCGUACGACGAAGUUGCAAACUCCUGGUUCAAGAGUUGUCGGUGCGGCGACGAGCAAGGAUACAUCUUGACGGAGUCCGACCUGGAGAGAGAGAGCCAGCACGGAGAGCUUUACGUUGGUUGUCGAGGAUGCAGUUUGUUCAUCAAGGUCCAAUUCGCCGUCGAGGAGACAUGA